AUGCCGGGAACACAAGAUUGGUGUAGUGAUUCUGACAGUCAAGUGCGGACGUCUAGUGCGAUGGCAAUCGACCAUCCUGUUCCCAAUGCCGACAUACUGGCCGAGUAUGCACUGGGCCGUCAACGUGCUAACGAUACGGGAACCCGUGCCAAUGACAGCCUCAUGGCAAAUAGAGCCUCAAAUCAGGAGAACUGCCUAACAAGAACCAUAGCACCAGCUAUCCAGGAUGCGGCCAAUCUGAUCAUUCGCAGUUAUGUUCCCGAGAAUGAGAUCCCGUGGCUCAACCAAAUUCAAGACACACAACCUCGGAUAUGCGGUGGCUGGGUCGCGACACUCCCCGAGUUGCUCGUCGUCAGCGGUAGUGACGAGCUUCUGCCAGCUGCCGUCAAGACUCUGGCGCUAGCGAUUGCAUCUAAGCGAUCUCAACUAAGAGUAAUAAGCCCUACACUAUGGCAAUCCUAUGGCUCUACAGUCAAGUUACUGCAACAGAGUCUUAGUCGCUGUGGUGGUAGUUGCAACAACGAGCAUCUAGCCGCAAUGAUGUGUCUCACCUUGACAGAGUUGGUCGGUGGGAGUAAUAAGAAAGGCGACUGGAUGGUGCAUAUUGAUGGUAUAAGCACCAUUAUCCAACAUCUUGGCCCAGAAUUCUUCGCUCGAGGUAUCCCUCAUAAGCUCUUCAUCGGUUUCAGACCAUUACUGGUACUAAAGGCCAUCAUCUCUCGAACCCCGUCAUUCCUUACAAAUGAACGAUGGAUUAUCGGACCUUUUCAAGAUAUCCCUGCUUCGCCAAUGCAACAACUCCUAACUGAAGCUGUUGCAAUCCCGUCUGUUCUUAAGCGCAUUGAUUUGCUUCACACGUACCCAGCCGCCAUGGCUAAUAGUGGUGGCAAGGUUCUGCAAGAUGCGCUACGUACGAUUUUGCAGCGACUUUGUUCAUGGGAAGACAGGUACGAAAGUAAAUUCACGGGGCCGUUGUACUGGCCGCAUGCAGUAGGCAUCUCGCGGCCCGAAGAUAUCUGCCUUUGGUUUAAUGAUGUGACAGUUGCUAAUGCCCUUACACAUUAUUGGGCAUUCACCGCCAUCUGUUUAGUCUAUAUCCAGAAACUGGAACUUGCGAACAAGACCCAUGUCCUUAACGAUGCAGUGCGGCAACAGUAUGUUAGACCACUUACUCUGAUAUGCCGGAGCAUUCCGUUUCUGCUGCAGGAAAGCCUGAACUUGUAUGGCUCUUCGUCUGUGGCAUUUCUUAUCUCAACAGUUCUCGAAAUCUUUAAAUGGAAUGAGCAGCACGGUGGUACCGAAAUCAUCUUGCAUAGGCAUGCCGUGGACUAUGCAAAAUCCCAGGGCUUCUAUUUUGCAUCGAGUGGAGGGCUGGAUCUAGGAUGUGAAGGAUAA